AUGGGGCAGCGGCGGGGCCCGGCCGUGCUGCUCCUGGCCCUGGGGCACCUGGCCGGGCUGCUGGCAGCCGGACCCGCCUGCGCCGACGCUUACCGGGGCCUCUCGGACUGCGUCCUCAAGCUGGGGGACAGUAUGGCCACGUACGAGGAGGAGGAGGGCAUCGAGCUGCAGGGGCUGCGCCGAGUCUGCAGGUAUUGGGAUGAAUUCCACACCUGUGCCCUGACGGUGCUCUGGGAAUGCCAGAAGGAAGCAGCAGCCAUCUGGGAGAUGCUGAGAAGGGAGUCCCGAAAAACCAAAUUUCAAGGCAGUUUGUUCGACCUCUGCAGCCCCAGCAUGGCCCAAAGCUUUGCCUGGACCCGUGUUCCCAACAUUUCCAUCCUCAGCAUCCCCCUCAUCGUCACUUGGAUGAACUUAUAAACUACAGCUCUCUGAGUAUCCCAACAAAAGUGGUGGCAGUGUGUGGCAUGGCAUCUUUCAGAUCUGUUUUCCAAACCUUUGAGGAAUACACUGUGUGGAGCUCAGAAACUCCUGGCCCCAUCCUGCGCCUGUGAGACAUGGAAGAGCUCGGCAGCAUCUCCAGGGUGUGGAAAUUUCUCUGUAAUUUGGAAUAACUCCUGUCCUCUUCUGCCUCAAAGCACAGGCACAGAUCUGGCUGUUGGAAGAUUUGGGAACUUGUAAAUACAGGGCACAGGAUUUGGGGAGAAAUGAUAAAUUCUGGAACAAGGAUGAAUGCUGGACAUUUCUGCACUCUUCUAAUGGCAACUGGAAUUUGCUGACUCUUUCCACCAGAUCAACUCUCAAGGGUUUUGAUUUGGGCACUCAGAACAAGAUGGGUAUUUUUCCCACUGCUCCAUGAGGUGCAGGGGAUGGUGUCUGUACUGUCACAGGCUGAAGGGAGACCUUACCACCCUGUACUGGCCUUUUAUCUUUGAGGAUAUGGUAAAACCCCUGCUGAA